AUGGAGUCGCAGGAGUCGCAGGACAGCACCGCCACCGUCGUCGAGCAGGACCGCCACGAGGUGCUCUACUUCGCCUACGGCAGCAACCUGUCCACCGCGCAGAUGCGCGCCCGCUGCCCGUCGUCCACCCCCGUCGGCCUCGCCGUGCUGCCCGGCUGGCGCUGGAGCAUCAACGCGCGCGGCUACGCCAACGCGCUCCCCCCCACGCACCCGUGCUUCCCCCUGGCGCCCCCCACGACGCCGGCCGAGGGGGUGCACGGGCUGGUGUAUCUGCUGCCGCCGCGGGACGAGGCGAGCCUGGACGUGCACGAGGGGGUGAGGAGCGGGGCGUAUGGCAAGGUACGGUGCAAGGUGCGCUGGGUGAGGGACGGGGAGGCCGGGGAGGGGGAGGAGGUGGAGGCGCUGGUGUAUGUGGAUGAGAAGAGGGCGGAGAAGGGGACGCCGAGGGAGGAGUACGUGGGGAGGAUGGAGGCGGGGAUUGAGGAUGCGGUGAGGAACUGGGGGAUGGAUGAGGAGUAUGCGAACAAGGUGAUGAGGACGUGGUGGAAGACGGCGUAG